GAUUACUCAGGCCUCCUUGUUUGCUGUCAACGUAGUAGUAGGCGUAAAACGAUGAGAUAGAACGAAUCCUGGUUGCUGAAAGCACAAUUUCACCGUCUGUAAACAUGACUAACGUUUAUUCCUUUGAUGGCAUCCUGGUGUUCGGACUACUCUUCAUCUGCACCUGUGCGUACCUCAGGAAGGUACCCCGGCUAAAGAGCUGGCUGCUUUCGGAGAAAAAGGGUGUCUGGGGUGUCUUCUACAAAGGUGCAGUGAUUGGGACGAGGCUUCACCUGCCCGUGGCGCUGUCCUGUCUCUCCAUGGCGUUCUACGUGCUCUUUAUAAAGUGACAGAGGGCGGCCUGCGCUCGUGGGCAACACAGAAGAUGCACUCCACACACCCGGCGUCCCAGGGCCCGCAUGCAGGAUGAAGACUGCCCCCUACUGGCCCAAACGUUCACGGCAUUCACCGAGCACAGAGAGACGUGUACCUAAUUUAAUUGUGAAUACUGGAAAACAAAGUGGAUUUUUGUGGUCACAGGUGAAGGAUGCAAAAGAGACUAUGUUCACACCGUAGAUUAGUUUUUGUACAAUUUCUGUCACCAGUGAUGAAAAUGUAGAGAAGGCGAGUUGGUCUGACUUUGAAAGGAAAGCCAAAGGUCACAGCACGGUGGGGUUUUAGAAUAUAAUUCUUAUCUCUGUACGCAGCAGGCUGGCUGGUUUGGGAUCUCAGUAAAAUAAUGGGAAAUGAGGUUCAAUAGAUCUGCUAUAUUGGGCCACCUCCCCCACACUUUGGCAUCGGAAUGCUAAGGGAUCAUCCAGAUCAGUUUUCCUAUAGGAACUUUCCUUGCUUUUCUCAAAUAUGACUCAACAUGAGUGCCUUUAGAUUGGGACCAAUUUAAGAAUAGGGUGAUUCGUUUUCACAUCCUACAUUUUAGAAGUAUAAGUAUAGUUGAAAAGUAAAGUAACAAAACUAAUGACAGUAGAUUAAGCCCAGAGCGUACUUGUUAUUAUACAAAUGAAUUAUCUGUUAAAAGAUCCUCAGUCUUAAUGGUAGCAUUGAUCUGCAGACUUUAUAAACACUUUUUUAAGCUGAGAUGAUUUCUUGGACACAGAACGUAGUGUAUGCGAGCACAAAUGUAAUUGUGCAAAAUGUGUUGCCGCCAAUUUUAAGCAAAAAAGCACACCAUUUAGGAAUAAUUGUGGGCAAUGUGUCCUCUUCAGUCCAGAUAUUCCUUUACAUUUUAGGCUUUAUGGCUGUAUCCUAGGAUUAUAUUUGAAGUAAAUUAUGAAAUCGGUUUAUGGGCCUCAUUUAAUUUCCUCAUAAUGUAUGGUUUUGAGAGUCCUCACAUAAUUGCAAAUAAAUAAGUAAUGCCCUG